GGGGCAGGGGGAGGGACAGGGGAGGGACAAGAGCAGACGCAGGAGAGGGAUAAGGAGCAGGACAAGGGGCCAGGGCAGAGACAGGGGGCAAGUGCCGGAGCAGGGGCAGCCCUCGGGGGAGGCUGUAGCACAUCCCCAUCGCCGGAUUCCCCCCCCCGGGGGCCCCUCCCGAGCGGCUCAGGCGGGGCCAGGGCUGGCUCUGCCUUCUCGGGGGGCGGAGGAAGAGGAGGAGGAGGAGGAAGAGGAGGCGGACGGAGGCGCCGCACCGGGAUAUGGAGCGUGAGGCCCCGGCCCGGCCCAGCUAAGCCCGGCCUAGCUAAGCCCGCCAGCCGGGCCAUGCCGGGCCGGGCGCCGCUGCGAGGCCUCCUGUUCCUCUUCCUCCUCAUCCUCCUCAUCCUCCUGGGCUCGGCGGGCGCAGAACCUUCUCCCCAUUUACCAGCUCCAGAGGAUGUGGAGAUUUAUUCCUAUAACUUCCAUAGUUUGCUGAGAUGGUCUCCUGUUCCAGUGGAGACAGGCUCAGUGUUAUACACAGUCCACUAUAAAACAGGGGCCUUUCCUGUGUGGAAUGAGAUGAACUGCACCCGGAUCCCCCGGACCCAGUGUGGGUUCCCCCUGGAGAUUCAGAAGCGGCGCUGGACGAUCUUCCUGCGCGUGAGGGCUGAGCUGGGGCAGCUCCCCUCGGCCUGGGUGCAGGCAGGGCCCUUUGUGGCAGAGAGGGACACCACUCUGGGCCCCCCCAGGGUGAGCAGAGUGAGUGCCAGCUCUGACUCGCUGCUCCUCAGUGUCACCCCCCCUUUCACACCUGAGCCCGGGGACAGUUUCCAGUAUCGUGUGUUCUACUGGGAGAACACAACAAGGACCACGAAAAAGGAACAAGAGACACCCAAUACACUCUUCCAAAUUGGAAAACUAAAGGAAUCAACACUUUAUUGCUUUAGCCUUCAGGUCGAAUUCCAGGGAGUCUAUGGUGAACUGUUAGGACAGCAAAGUGCCCCAGAGUGUCACAGAACUGCCAUCAGUGAGGCAACCAGAGCUGGAUUCAUCACCCUGCUCUGUCUCUCGGGGUUAAUCCUUAUAAAUCUGGCUACAGCUGGUUUGCUGCUCCUGUGGAAACACCACAAGAAAAUCAAACAGUCGUUUCAGCCACCUUUGAAAAUCCCCUCACACUUCGAAGAGUUCCUCAGGGACCCUGCCGUGCCUGGCUUGGAGGAGCUGGACAAUUCCCCGGAGGAUGAGCCCCAGGCUCUUGUGGCUGGAGAAGGAAUCCAAGCCUGGAGCAGCAGCCCAGGGUGACAGCUCUUCAUCCCCCAGGGACAGGGAAACCACUGAGGAGCCACCCCCUGAGUGGCCCCUGGCCCAGGGGUUCCAACAGCUGCUGCCGGGACAAUCCCGAGCAAAAUCUGGACCCUGGGAUGUGUCUCGGGGGCUUCUCCUGAGCUCCCCCAGCACCUCCUUCUGCCAGAGACACUGAAAAGGAGGAACAGGGAAAGGAAACAAACACUAAACUCAGAAAAUGGUUAAAUUCCCACUCCAGGGUGGGAUAAAGCUUUGAGGAAUAGCAGCACUUUACAGGAGGGUGUAGGAGAACAUGGGAUUUUUCAGGGAGUGAAUCAUUGCAAUGUAAAUUCCUUUUAUAGCUGAUUUUCUUUCGUUGGCAAUAAUACUCUUGUUAUAUCCACCCCACUCUGCUUCUCUGAAUCAUUUUCAGCACAGGGCAAAGUAAAAAGAAAUCUGUUAGUCCUUCCCUCUCCCCAGGAGGAAGCUGUGCCACAAACUCCUCCCCGAGAGGCCUCCUCCCAUCUGCUUCCUCACAGCCACCCCAGUGCCCUGCACAGCCAAACCGACUUGAAAAUAACAUUUAAACCAUGUAUCAGUCAUUAGCAGACACUAAAACCUCUUGUUCACCACUAGCAAAGGGAAAGUUGGCUGAGAGAUGUUUUGAGUGCCCUAAAGCACAAGAGCCCAAGUUCAGCCUCCUGUGGGGUCUGGAAGGUGUCCAGUAAAGCACAAAGAACAAGUGAACCA